UGCUGUGUAGUGGUCCAUUAUCUCCAUUCGAUUCUAUUCAAUCCAUAGAGACGGCCUGUGCCUUGUACUUAUAUCCUUAUGUGUUGUCAUAUUGUAGGAAAUAUGUUUGUUAGUUUGCUUACUUAACUGUAAGUGACACUACCGCCGCGUCUUCAGUCACGGGUUGGUAGGGCAGCCAGCGGUCGCGUGCUUUAUAAUCAUCAAAAAUAAUAUCAAAAAUAAAUUACUUUAAUUAAUUAAAUUACUAUUUAUAUUAAACUAUUGAUUAUAAAGUUCAGUAUUGGCCGUAGUUUGAUGUCAUAUGAGGACCGAUUGAGUAAAUUCAAUAUUACAUCUCUUAACACACGUCGUUAUCAACAUGAUUUAAUAACUCUUCAUAAAUUAGUUCAUUCCGUAAUUGACUCAGAAUAUAUUUUUUCAUCUGUUAAUAUUAAUUUCAAAUAUAAUCCAAGACGCAGGCUUCCAACUUUUGUCAUACCCACAUAUAGAUAUAUAUCUUUUCAUAAUCCCAUCGCUCGUAUGUGUAGAAGUUAUAAUGAGAUCCUCCCAGUUAAUCAGGCAUUAGACAUAUUUAAUGCCAAUCUCUUUAUAUUCAAAAACUGUAUUAAAAAAAUUGUGGUAGACCUAAAUGUCGCAUCUUUUUAAUCAUCCAGAUUGAUAUUUUACUUCUUCCUUCUGUUUUUUCAUUUUAGUAAAAAAAAAUCUUUACCUAUCUAAUUGUGUAAACACCUUUAGGAUAUUAAUUUAGUACACAGUUGUUACUUAUUAUACGAUACAUAUAUAUUUUAAUUAAUUUCUGUUGUGUUACCUCAUAAAUAAAUACUAUUAUGUUGAUAUGUGAUUUGUGACUUAAACUUUAUUUUGCAAAUUUCGAUAACGUUAUUUUGUCGUAUUAGGAUCAGAACUUUUUAUUUGGUCUGAGG